AUGGCACGCACCAAGCAGACAGCACGCAAGUCCACCGGCGGCGAUGCACCCCGCAGGCAGCUCGCCACCAAGGCGGCGCGCAAGUCGGCCCCCGCCACCGGCCCCGCCCGUCCUCCGCUGCACUUGGUUCUCAAAUCGCCCAAAUUGACGGAGAAUGCACGCGAGAUGUGGACGCGGCAGCAGCAAGGCGAGUUCACCGACGCCGUCAUCAAUGUGCAGCACCGCGCCUUUCAAGUCCACCGCGUCGUGCUCGCUUCUGCCUCGCCGUACUUUCAGAAUCUCUUCAGUUGCGGCAUGUGCAGGAGAGCAACGCCUGCAGCGUCACGCUGCCCGAGAUUACCGCCGACAUCUUCGAAGCCGUGCUCCGCUUCAUGUACAUGUCGGAAGUGGAGCUCCCGUUUGAGGAUGACAUGCUUCUCGAGAUGCUUCUCGAGCUCGUGCAGGCGGCGGCGUAUUUCCAGGUGA